UCAUGCAAUAAAUAGUCUUAAGCUUUGCUGUGACCACGAAACUACUUUCUCUUUCGAGGGAAAGAGCCGUUGCUACACUCAAACAAUCCCCACAUGAUCAUAUUUACAUCAAGAAUAUAAUUCCUUCACUCAAUUGUCUUUUUAAUUGAGUUCUCUACUGCAGGCUACAAAGCAAUUUAAAGAAUGCAUCAUGGAGCCUAUAUAGGUAGAAAAGAGGGCUGGGAAGCACUUCUCUGUCUUUCGGAUCAGAGGUCAGUGCGCGUGAAGCAGAGAACAAGCCUUUGAUUUCGGUCUUCUGUUCAGGAAACAUUGUUUCUUAAGAAAUCUCUUAGUAGAGAAUAUAUAGUUACAGGUAGAUUCUCAAAAUGAGGAAUGCCCUUCUUCCACCAGUAUCUUCACAUCUUUACAACUUCGGGAACAAUGAAGUUCAGAUGCCAAAUUUGGAUGUAUCUAUGCCAAUGGAUGACAAGAUCAGGAAUGUCCAUGGCACUACUAGCUUUUAUCUGGACUCCAAAGUUUUCAAUGAUGACCACCAGCAAAGAGAUGGAGGCUUCUCUAUUCCUUAUCAAUCCCUCGGUAACUAUCAACCAGUGGCAGGUUAUCAAUCUAUAUCCUCUACCUGUAACAACAUCUCACAGCAGUCAAUGCUACUAAGCAAGAGGGUCUCUGUUCCAGAGGUUCAAAUGGAGUUUCAGGCUAUGCAAAUUAAGAAAAGGACAAUUAAUGAGCUUGCUAACCUGUUACCCCAAAGAGGACCUAGUGAUCUCGUUGAAAACAAGACCGCUUUGAGUACAUGGAAGACUAAUAAGAGAAAGAAGGCUAAUUCCCCUGGAGAACUAUGGAAUCAUCAAGCCAUGGAAUCAAUCAAUAUCCAAGAGCAAAAGUUUCAGGUGCCUGUGAGGAGAAGCCAGAAGCUUAGUGACAAAAUUACAGCACUUCAAAAGUUGGUCUCUCCAUAUGGCAAGACUGAUACUGCCUCUGUUCUUCAAGAGGCUUCUCUUUACAUUAAACUCCUUCAAGAACAGAUUCAGAAUCUGAUUCAGAUGCUGACUAGUUCAUACAGUCGUGCAAGACCUAUUCAACAGUCACAGGAAAUUGAGGGCAGACUGGUUGAUCUGCGAAGUAGAGGACUUUGCUUCGUUCCCAUAUCACUCAUGCAGAAAAUGACUCAACAGCAAGACCACGUCGAUCCCAGUUCUUAUCCAAGGAAGAACAUCAGUGCCACGACUUUUUAGUUACCGCCCCCGACAACAUAUAUUUAGCUUAACCCCGGCACAACAGUAAUUGUUUUUAAUCAAUGGUAUCCAUUUUAAAGCUUCCUUGAUCAGGGAAACUAGUCGUUUUCAGGCUUAAUUAGGGUUUUUGUUCACUAAUAGUGAUUGUUGUAAGGUGGGGCUAUAUGUAAUUUUGAUAUUCGGGGAGUGCAAGAUCACUUGAGUUCAA